UGAACAAGUGCACACUUUGGGAGAAAGGAGAUUAGAUUCGAGAGAUUAUUGGGACGCAACCCACAUGUCUUAGAGUCCUCCACAUCUCCUUCCAUGUCCAACCCCUUUAUAAUUUCGGGUUGCGUGUGGGUGUGAUAUCUGCCCCUCUUGCACUGCACCCAACCAUCCCUCCCUCUCCAUUGACUACUUUGAUUGCGUCCUUCCACUCCACCAGAGUUGCUUCUCUACUAAGUAAGACGGAACAUCUAAGGUAAGGAAACCUUAUUGGAACCCUAUUGGACUUUUUCCUAUUAUUCAGACAGUGCUAUUCGCUUUUACAGUGAAUUUUGAAAGCAGCAUCUUAUUGAUGUUGUUCCUAAAAGAAUUUGAAUGUUUUUUUUCUCUUCAAUUUGUGAUCUAUUAAUGAACAUGUGCAUGUGCCAUGAGGCAUAGUUUAUUACAGUUUCUUUGCAUUAUAACCCCCACAUUUGAAUUCCUUGUGAAAUUCUGGUUUAGGAUUUCCAAUGUUUUUAUAAGAAAUAAAGUUGAACCUUGUGACUAACCAAAUAGACUAAACCAUGUGUUGAACUAUAACCCAGUCUGUAGGCGUGGUCCGUCAAUCCCAACGCACCAUUUGGAAAGCAUUGUCCUUGGUUAGCACUUAGUGCUAAAAAUGCAUUUGUUAAAGAUUGAUACAUAAAAUAUCAUUGUUAUACCCUGAGCCAAAAUUCCCCUCAAUGUGAUUACAUUUGAAACAUUUUUCAAAUAUGAAAAUUAUUAUUUUAGUGUAAGGUUAAUAUGCUUUUCUCGUUUGUUGUGCAGGGAAAUACUAUAACACUUUACACUACAGUGCCCUUAUUACUGUGUACUCGUGUAAUUAGGUUAACAAGUACUGUAUUAUUUAUUAGGACACUGUACUUUAACAUUAGCCCUAACCCUUACCUGGAUUAACCUUAAGUACAGUUUUAGAAAAGUGUAAUAAUGAGUAAUUACAAUACUUGUUACACUGUAACAGGAAUAAUUACACCGUAAUAAGAGCACUAUAAUGUAAAGUAUAACCGGAAUUACUGCCCUCAAAUUAUAGAAAAAUACCUCUGCAUAUGUAUUAUUAUUAUUUCUACAAUAAUGAUCAGUUUGUAGUAAUUUUGUUGAAUUUGACCCAUAGUUUACAAUGUUGAAGUUCAAGUUUUGACUACACUCACAUUGAGGUCAAUAUAAACUGAAAUCCAUGAGCAUCUAAUCAUCAAAAAUAAAUACAAAUGUAAGGUCACCUUGGUCACUGAAAAUGAGUUGUCACCUCUUAUAAUUCUCAGGUUCAGAAGGUGACAACAUGAAAGCGUUGAUUGGAUCAGUCGUGUGUGCUGUGGCACUGCUAUCUGGGUUUUGCACUGCUGGUAAAUAUAAAUAAAUAUAUAUCUUAAGGUCUCCAAGGAAUGCUGCCACUGGUCCAGGUUCAAAUAUUUUUUAUAAUCCUCCUAAUGGUACGGUUAGGAUUUGGGGUUGGGUAAUCUGAUCGUAGAUCUGUGUUUGAGGACCAUUUCUACCUUUAUCUCCCAGGAUAACUUCCUCCCUGCUACUGUCUAGGGUACUCAUUAACCAUAACCUUUUAUUACAGUGACCCCUAGUGGUAUCAUGUAUAAGUGGUCAAGACACCUUUGAAGUAUUUUAGGUUAUCUAUAGGAAUUUUGGGAAUAAGUGUUGAAAAUUAAGUGAAUACAUUUAGAAAACAUACUGAGCCACCAAGCUGUGGCAGGCAAUGGCUCUCUAGCGCUGCCUUAAUAAAACCUUUGAAAGUCCUCCAGCAUCUCAGCAUGCCCUAGCCUGUGGGAGGGCGCCCCAAAAUGGUUCGUGUCUUGACAUUUGACUCUUCCCAUUGACUGAGGCUGGAUGGCUGGAGCCCUAUCAAAGCCCCGGGGCCUCAUCAGAUCUGAGGCCUGACCAUUUCUCACGAGCCGUCCGAGAGGAUGCCUGCCACUGCCAACAAAAGAGUGUGAUAAAUCAAUUGAACUUGCAGACAAUGGCUCGGGGCAGGCCCGUGAAAUGACAGGCAUCUCAGUGGGCUUGUAGGUCGAUGCCAAAGGUCUUUUACAAAUUACUGUUGAUGUGUGUCAGUAUGCCACUGACACUAUACCAUACCGAGGGAGCAACCCCGACUGGGCCCCCGGCACCUCCGCUUCCCCGCCUCCAACCCUGGCAGGGCUUGUUAGGUCUUGAGACGGACAUGCUGAAAUGGCAUUGGUCACAGUCAGUCGACGGCAAGGAAAACUAUUUUCAGUGUCAUGCAUAAGGGAGGGGGAUUGGAAGGGGGGACUGUUUGCCUCUUCUGCUGGCGGGGUUUGAAGGAGGGGUUGGUUCCAAAACAUGCCUUUAGGGAAGAGUGGGGUGGGUAGGAGCCCACUUUAGUCUCACCACAGGGGGUUCAAAACAGCCCUGUGGUACCCCAUUACUGGCCCCCUACAUUGCCCCCAAAAUGGACUCCUUGUCAUUGGAGAGAAAAGUGUCUCGUGAGAAAGCUGCUGUACAAUACAGCCAUUGUUCUCUAUCCUGGCUCUUGGGUCUUAACUCAUGAAGUUGGAAGAGAGGACAGAGCAGAAUAUGGUAUGACUAUACGCUUACAUUAGAAGCCCUCAAGAAGCAACUUCUACUAGUUUUCAACAACACAAAGCAAAUGAACCAACGCAAGGCCAGGAGAAGGGAUUAACGUUGAAUCGUAUUAAAUCACUCAUAUUAUAUUUCACUACACAGACAGACUAAAGAGCAGUGUGUAUACAUUGACAUGUUUGUUUUUUGUUGUUCCAGGGCCAGCAGCUUUAUCCAUCACCACUAUAUUGGUAAGGUAUUAUAUAUACAACAUACUAAUACGUAUCGCAAACGCAUGAAAAGGAGACUGGAGUGCCACUCUAAUGUAAUUCUAUGAUGGUAUGCAAGUUUUAACUUAUGAUCCACUUGUCGGAUUCUCUCCCACCAGCAAGAGCCAUACAUCAUGACCCAAGGGUCUGAGCUGGAGGGGUACUGCAUUGACCUGCUCGCGGAGAUCGCCAAGAAGUUGGGCUUCAAGUACAAUGUGCACCUGGUGAAGGACGGCAAAUACGGGCGACAGGACGAGAGUGGCAACUGGUUCGGGAUGAUCGGGGAGGUGGUCCGAGGGGUGAGUGGCCUGGACAGAAGGUAGCAGGUGGUGGUAUAGGGUACGCUGGGGGAUUGGUUAAGUCAUUCAGACUUGUGUUCAGUAAGCCGUUCAUGGCUAUACUCACUCACAUGUGUGUGUGGGUCCCUAUUCCUGUUUGUUUGUCCCUGUUCCUGUGCCUGUGUGUGUUCCUGCUCAUGUGUGUGUGUCAUUGUGUGGUGUAUGUGUGUGUUUGUGUGUAUCUACAGUACCAGUCAAAAGUUUGGACACACCUACUCAUUCAAGGGUUUUUCUUUCUUUUUACUAUUUUCUACAUUGUAGAAUAAUAGUGAAGACAUUAAAACUAUGAAAUAACACAUAUGGAAUCAUGUAGUAACCAAAAAAGUGUUAAACAAAUCAAAAUAUAUUUUAUAAUUGAGAUUCUUCAAAUAGCCACCCUUUGCCUUGAUGACAGCUUUGCACACUCUUGGCAUUCUCUCAAUCAGCUUCACCUGGAAUGCUUUUCCAACAGUUUUGAAGGAGUUCCCACAUAUGCUGAGCACUUGUUGGCUGCUUUUCAUUCACUCUGCCGUCCGACUCAUCCCAAAUCAUCUCAAUAGGGUUGAGGUCGGGUGAUUGUGGAGGUCAGGUCAUCUGAUGCAGCACUCCAUCACUCUCAUUCUUGGUAAAAUAGGCCUUACACAGCCUGGAGGUGUGUUGGGUCAUUGUCCUGUUGAAAAACAAAUGAUAGUCCCACUAAGCCCAAACCAGAUGGGAUGGUGUAUCGCUGCAGAAUGCUGUGGUAGCCAUGCUGGUUAAGUGUGCCUUGAAUUCUAAAUAAAUCACAGACAGUGUCACCAGCAAAGCACCCCCACACCAUAACACUUCCUCCUCCAUGCUUUACAGUGGGAACUACACAUGUGGAGAUCAUCCGUUCACCCACACCGUGUCUCACAAAGACACGGCGGUUGGAACCAAAAAUCUCCAAUUUGGACUCCAGACCAAAGGACAUAUUUCCACCGGUCUAAUGUCCAUUGCUCGUGUUUCUUGACCCAAGCAGGUCUCUUCUUCUUAUUGGUGUCCUUUAGUAGUGGUUUCUUUGCAGCAAUUCGACCAUGAAGGCCUGAUUCACACAGUCCCCUCUGAACAGUUGAUGUUGAGAUGUUUCUGUGACUUGAACUCUGUGAAGCAUUUAUUUGGGCUGCAAUUUUUGAGGCUGGUAACUCUAAUGAACUUAUCCUCUGCAGCAGAGGUAACUCUAGGUCUUCCAUUCCUGUGGCGGUCCUCAUGAGAGCCAGUUUCAUCAUAGCGCUUGAUGGUUUUUGUGACAGCACUUGAAGAAACUUUCAAAGUUCUUGAAAUGUUCCGUAUUGACUUACCUUCAUGUCUUAAAGUAAUGAUGGACUGUCGUUUCUCUUUGCUUAUUUGAGCUGUUCUUGCCAUAAUAUGGACUUGGUCUUUUACCAAAUAGGGUUAUCUUCCGUAUACCCCCGCUACCUUGUUACAACACAACUGAUUGGCUCAAAAGCAUUAAGAAGGAAAUAAAUUCCACAAAUGAACUUUUAAGAAGGCACACCUGUUAAUUGAAAUGCAUUCCAGGUGACUACCUCAUGAAGCUGGUUGAGAGAAUGCCAAGAGUGUGCAAAGCUGUCAUCAUUCCAUAUGUGUGCAAAGAUUCCAUAUGUGUUAUUUCAUAGUUUAUGUCUUCACUAUUAUUCUACAAUGUAAAAAAGAGUUAAAAAAUAGGUGUGUCCAAACUUUUGACUGGUAGUGUAUGUGUGUGUCUGCUCGUCUGCUCCUAUUUAUCAGGAGGCCGUCCUGGCGGUCGCCCCUCUGACCCUCACUGCAACCAGGGAGCAGUCGGUGGAGAUGAGCACUCCCUUCAUGCAGACGGGCAUCGGCUUCAUGCUGAGCAGGGACCUGGGCUCCGAGGAGAGCCACUCCCUCAGCUUCCUCUUCCCCUUCUCCACGGAGAUGUGGGUGGGUGUCCUCUUGGCCUUCCUGGUGACUGGCCUCUGCAUUUAUCUGGUGGCCAGGUGAGAUAUCAUCAUCAACUCGGCCCCAUUCCUAAUGUAGCCCUUAGCUAUGAAUGCUAGUUAGUUCGGGGUGAAUCCUAACUUCCACUUAAGUCGAAUUUCACUUAACUGUUAGUCAUCAAUUGAAGUCAAUGAGAAAUUAGGAUUGGCCCCUUCUUGCAUAAAAAGAUGUCAACAUACAAAUAAUGCGUAAUGCUAUGAAACAUAUAGGCUACAUACAGUACGUCCAGUAUACAAAUAUAACGUGGGAGAUGGGGGUGGUUGAAAAUAGAGUAUUUCAAUGGAAGUAGAAACUGCGCUGCUAAUUCAUCCUUCUAAGAAUCUGGUUUAGCCACUGUCCAGAGAAUGAAGUUCUGUAAAGAAAGACAGAUCUCAAUGCUCACUUUACCCCCUCAGGAUAAGCCCCUGUGAGUGGGCUGACCCCGAGACAGACGAACACAGCUUCACCCUCCUGCACAGCUUCUGGUACAUCACCGGAGCCCUGACCCUGCAAGGUAACGCAGCUAUGAGCCAAAUCGCCCUCUGACUCAAACUGCUGCUGCCAAGUCACAUGUUCAACAGAAUCAUGCUAUUUUGGCAAAGGGAGUCUAGACAGCGGUUUCUGUUCCUGCUGUUUAGACCAGGAGAGUCUAGAACACUAUAGAAAUAGAAUCUGCUUUACUGUGGGUACACUCAAUAUGGCCUCCACUCUACCCAUUAUAACUGCAAUGGAGAUUUUUGUUCUAGGCAUUCUAUUUCUAUGGUCUAGUCUAGAGUCUGGACAGGGAUUUCUGAUCCUGCUAUUAGACAGGAUUGUCUACACUGGGAUUUCCAUUCUUUUCCUUUUAGCUCUCCUAGCUGUGCCAUUAAGGAACUAGAGCAAGCACACUUGCUUUCACAAGGCAAUUCAGAGAAGCAGAUCGUAAUUUUGGUGCACAUAGAAUGGAGUCAUGAGUGCAUUCAGAUGCAUGGUCCUCUGCAAAUUUUCUUCACAAUACAAUGAACAUAGGCUCAUUCUGUUCAGGACAACCCAGGGUAAAACACCAUGUCAUCUUGUAACUGUACAUUUAACAUAGUGAUCAUAAACAUUGCCACUACCUUUUCAGAAUUCGGAGAAUAACAGCACUUAAACAGAUUAUUAGUAACUGGUUUAAACCGAUGGCACCACAAAUAAACAAUUAGAAAUGAACAAUUAAUGAAAUCUAUAGUAUGGAAAUGAUAACUUAGAGACUAAAAGGCGCUGCAUGGUAAAUCCGAUGUCUGCAUUGGCCGUGCAGCAUUUACAGUGAUAGGGCCUCUGCAGAAGUCAGGCCAUUCAUACUUCUUGCUCUUCGCGGAGCAUCGCAGAGCUGUUGUGAAGGAAGUUGUCAAGGAAGUGAGUUUGUGUUUAUACAGGACCUCCCGCCCCCACCUACCGUCAACCAAUCAUGUCAAUGCGGAGCUAUACGGAGCCCUCCACAUUGUUACAACAUUUGGGAGGCACACGGCGAUGCGGUACGAAGCUCAAUUUGGCCUCUGCAUGCCUCCGGAGGCCCCGCAAUUACGUCACACCCUCCAUAUGGAGCCUCCGACCACAUUUCCGGAUCAAGCAUAAAUUGGCUUUUAGAAACAAAAUGACUCUAUUUGAGAUUUAGAAAACUGACAUUAUAUUAUGAAGCAUUUAUAGGCCCUAACAGGAGAUAAAAUGUACAUGUUUUAAAUGGUCGGGUGUGGAUGGACACGUGUGUGUGUGUGUGUGUGUGUGUGUGUGUGUGUGUGUGUGUGUGUGUGUGUGCGCGCGCUGAUGGAUGCGUGUGUACGUGUGAAUGGGUGCAUGUAUGUGAGUGUAGAAGUGUGUGUGUGUGCAUGUGUGUGUCAUACACGCAAAGACGGUGAAAACGCAAGGUAGGGAUGCCAACAACAUGCAUAUGAGAUUUAACCAACAAAAAACAAGUAAAUAAAUGAAAACAAUAACAGAUAUAUGCCCAAGCCAACACCAAACGAGGGAUACCUUGCUUUAGCUUCUUUUUUUUUCUUUUUUUUUUUUUUCUUUUCUUUUUUAUUAUUAGCAUUAUUUUUGUAUGACUAUUAUUUCUUAGGGUCAACAGUUACUAGUACCAUAGUAUCAAUUAUAUUGUUUUAUGAAAUGCUGAUUGUUGGCCUAAUUAUUUAGGCAAAUUAUUUUAUUUUCAGGUUGGGGGGGGGGGGUUAAAUGUAUAUAUAUGUUGUUGUGAUUCUGUUGUGAUCUAAAACCAAUAUAUAAAAAGUAUUUUAAAAAUAAAUGUUGGCACAUGAGUUUUAUGAUAUGGAAAUGUGACUCAAGGGUGUUUGGCUUGCUUGUAUGACAUCAAAGCAGUAUUUAUUAUAAUCCUCAACAUCUCAUCUUUCAUAAUACAUAGAGUCCUCGUAAUUUACAGCAUUUCCGUCACUCAGACAACAAAAAAAUCGCAGAAGGGAUGGGGGCAACUGCUCAAGUUCAGAACGGCUGUCAGUCAAUACCCAUACAGCACUGUGAAGCGCAGAGCCUGAGCUCUGACGUCAUGUAUAGCAUGUUACUGUACAGCCACUGUGUUCUAAUUUAGGCAUUUAUCAGUGUCCAAAUCUGCCAUUUCCAACCCGUAUACCGGUACGAGUAUAAAGGGCUACACGCAUGAGCAAUCUAUAUACUCUGUUAUGUUCAAAACAUCUUCUACAUUGCUCGUCUUAAGAGAAAACUACACUCUAAAAAUAAAAGGUUCCUGGAGUAUCCUUUAGGGGUUCUUCAAAUUGAAACUGUGGGGGAACCCCUAUAAAUUCUUCAAAUAAUCCUCGAAGAACUUUGAGGAUCUUAGAAGAACCCUUGUUGAACCCCUACUUUUUAGAGUGCAGGACGGAUAAUAUGGGUGUUUGCACACUUUCUAUUGUAGUCCAGAAGAAGGUGAUGGAGUGACAGGAAAAAUAAGUUUGAGUUUCUAAAGUGAAAAGCGUUUUUCAGUCUCCCCAACAGAAGUUCCAUGUAUGUUUUUAAGUGAUCCGUCCCAUGUCUGUUUCAAUCAUAGAAUACAAUUUUACAUAAUAUAAUGGAUCUCUGGUUUGUGUUCUCAGGUGCUGGCCCACACCCUAAAGGCCUGUCUGGCCGCAUUAUCAGCGCUGUCUGGUGGGUGUUUGCGUUGGUGCUCCUGGCCUGCUACUUCAGCAACUUCAACACCAUGCUACGCUCGGACCCCAAACACGUCUCGGUGAUGAACUUCGAUGAGCUGGCCAGACAGGACGUCAUUGACUAUGGAACAGUGGAAGGCGGCUCCACGUUCAAUUUCUUCAAAGUACAUCUAGAACCGCUAAUGUCUCAACAACCGUGGCCUAAAAUCAUCUGACCGACUUUGCAUUUCUAAGAUUCCCUUUUCACUCCCAUUUCUAGAACUCCAACAACCCCACCUACCGACGCAUCUUCCAGCACAUGGAGAGGAAGAAGAGUUGUGUGGCUUCUGUGGAAGAGGGCAAUCGACGUGCCCAGGAAGGCAACUACGCCUUUAUUGGCGAGGCAGCGUCUCUGGACCUGGCUGUGGCUCGCCACUGCAACCUGAUCCGCAGUAGUGAAGUCAUUGCCAUGAGAGGGUACAGCAUUGCAGCACCCCUAGGUGAGCCCCUAGCAGCUGGGUCCACAGUACAGCCCAUAGAUGGACCUGAUAUAUGGAAAUCUGUGCUAUCAAUAGGGAACAUUGGGAACAUUGUUUGUGUUUUUAUGGGUGGUUUGCUGUGGUGAUGAAUAUCUGAAGUAUUUAAAGUUCAGUUCAUUACUUGAUAUGCACUCAAACACAUGCCCACUGACACCCUUCUCUCGCAAGACAAAAAAUAACUCCCCUUUCUCUCUUGCUGUCCGUCCAUCUCCCUCCACCUCCUUCCCCAUCUCCUUCCUCCUCCUUCCCUCUGUCUCCUCCCUCCUUCUCCUUCCCUCUCAUUCCCCGCCAGGCUUCCCUAUGAUGAAGAACAUAACGGUGGCCAUACUGCAGUUGAGUGAGUCUGGGGAGUUGGCGUACCUGCAUAGUAAGUGGUGGGCCAAUAGCUGUAUGCCAGAGGGGGGCCAAGCCCCACAGGCCCUCCAGGCCCACAUCCUGAGGGGUCUCUUCAUGCUGCUGGCCCUGGGGUGCGGUCUGGGCCUCCUCAUUGCCCUCCUGGAGCUUGCCUCCAAGGCCCACAACCAAGCCAAGGAUCAGAAGGUAAGGGAACAUGAGGAGCGGAUAGAGAAUGGACUUAAAAAUAGAUAUAUUCUGUUUAUUAGGAUUUUCAAAUCUACACAUGAAUAUUGAAAGUAAAAACUUCCUACAAUUCCCUCUACUACUCACACUUAUUCCUCCUCUCCUCUCCUUUCUUAUUUCUCCCUCUCCUCCUCCUCUCCUCUUCUCUCCUCACAGAAAUCCUGCUGCUCAGUGUUGUCGGCAGAGCUGAGUCAACGUUUCAGAUCGGGCGGGGCGAACGCAGGCACAGAGACGUCAGAGAAGAGCAAAGCGUGAAGGAUCUGUUUUACUGAUUGGCUCCGAACAGAACCAUAUAGUUUGAUACGCAUAUAAACCACGUGUGAGGGACCCCGGUCCUGUCCUUUGUAGCAGUAGUAUCUUCCGUAUCCUAGUAGUGUAUCACAGCAGUGUCUUCUGUUUCAUAGUGUACCACACAGCUACCGAGUUCCCCAUGUGCAUUUACAAUGGCUUGUUAGAAUAGAUUCCAAUUAGAGUAGAUUUUACUAUAUAUUCCACUCUGAAAAGGUAUUAUUAAGUCCACUAUAGAAAACAGCAACAAUAGCAUUUAAUGCACUCAGUGGACAUGGGCCUCCCACUGCAGAAAUAGACUACUAACAGUAAGAUUUUUAUAUAUAUUAAGUUGAUAGAGUUGAUACAGGCUUUGCAACUAUCCUCCAGAUAAAUGCUUUAAGCAACUGUAUUUACAUUUUUGUUGUUGUCGUUGUUGUUGAUAUGUACUGCCCAAAUAUCUCACAUGUGCUACUAAAUCUGGUGGCUUUUGAGUUGUUUCAUUAACCGUUCAAUAUGUUUUACUUUAACCUGUUUUUUAUACUCCACCAAAUUAAAUCCCUAGACAUCCCAAAUGUAUAGAUUUUUGUUAGUUUUGUUAGUUUCACACCUAAGCUCCCUCAAAAGUGUUUUGGAUGGAUGGAUAGAAAAAAAAAAAUGUUUGGGAUGGAUUUAUAAAAUGUGUGCUUUCCAGGAGUGGGGGCAAUGAACAGGCACUGUGGGGUAAAGGUACAGUAAUUGUAAUAACUGAUCAGUCUAUUCAUUUUUUCUUCUAUGAAUAUUGCUAUUUCAGUAGAGUUUUGUUGUAUUGUGGGGUCAAAUUAAAUCUACCAAAUUCCACGAGUGGGCUCAUUCUCCAUCCCCCUUGGUGCGUAGUCUCACGUAGCCAGAUGGAAGUAAGAUGGCGCUGCAGUGGAUACACUGUAAACCCAAAUGUGCCGUCAUUAGUCAAAACUUUUGAGGAAACCCGUUGCACUUAAUAUAUCUGAGUACAGUUACUUAAAGUAAUUUUGUAGUCAUUACUCAAACCG